CCAAUAUUAAUUCCGAUGGAUUUGUCAGUGAUCAAAUUGUUAUUGGUACACCGGGUACAAUUGCAAACUGGUUUCGUGGUACAGGACAAUAUCGUAUUGAUCCUACUAAAAUAGUCAUGUUUGUAUUAGACGAAGCUGAUAUUAUGAUUGAAGAAGAAGGCUUCCUGAAUAUUUGUAUGCGAGUUAAAACAAAAUUGCCAAGAAAUUGUCAAAUCUUGUUAUUCUCAGCCACUUAUGAAGAUUCUGUCAUUGAAUUCGCUCAUGACUUUGUCCCUAAUCCAAUAGAAUUUCGUAUAAAGCGUAGUCAACUGCCGUUGAAGAAUAUUAAACAAUUCUAUAUGUGUUUUAAUGAUUGGAUUGAAAAGUAUCAAGCAUUGAAAGAUAUUUAUGGUGGAUUUGCAGUUGGUCAAGCCAUUAUAUUUUGUGCUACACGUAAAGAGGCGUAUUGGUUAGAUGGUAAAAUGAAUUUAGAUGGGCAUAAGGUGUUCAUCCUUUCUGGUGAUUUGGAUGUUUCAGAUCGUGAAAAAGUGAUCGAAGAUUUUCGAUCAUCACGUUUUAGAGUUUUAAUUACUACUAAUAUCUGUUCACGAGGUUUGGAUAUUCCACAGGUGAAUUUGAUUAUUAACUGGAAUAUGCCGACAACGAGGAGUGGUAAUGCUGACUGGGAGACAUAUUUACACCGUAUCGGUAGAUCAGGUCGAUUUGGCAAAGAAGGUGUAGCAGUCAAUUUUAUAACAAGUGAUGAAAUGUAUCUGAUAAAAGAAUUAGAAUCACAAUUUG